AACAUUAAUAUUGUUUUACAACAACCAAAAACAUCCGUGAGAGAGUGUAAGAGUUGUCCACUUCUUGUGCUAGACAGUGAGGUGUGGGUGAGAAGCAGAAGUCUAGACAACAAGAGUAGAGAAGAUUUAGUAUCAAAGAACCCAUUGGAACAUUUUCUGCAAUCAGAGACACAUGAAUUAGAGGUUGAGCAACGAGAAGAAAUUUGAAAGGUGAAGUUUUCAAAGUCGAAACCAUGAGUUCUCAAGCAGCAGCAAAGGGGAACCAGGAGGACUACAAGAUGAAGGACACAAAGCCAGAGCUUGGAGAAAGGUGGCCACAUGGAGGGCAACGUGGAGGGAGUGGUUGGUUAUACAGUGAGAGAGCCACAAGCACUUAUGACUUGGUGGAACAGAUGUUCUACCUCUAUGUCCGUGUUGUGAAGGCCAAGGACCUUCCACCAAAUCCCGUCACCAGCAACAUUGACCCUUAUGUUGAAGUGAAGGUUGGGAACUACAAGGGGAAAACAAGACAUUUUGAGAAGAAGACCAGCCCUGAGUGGAAGCAGGUUUUUGCAUUUUCAAAGGAUAAGAUUCAGUCCUCAAUUGUUGAGGUAUUUGUGAGAGACAAAGACAUGGUGGCCAGAGAUGACUACAUUGGAAAAGUGGAGUUUGACAUGCAUGAAGUGCCAACAAGGGUACCCCCAGAUAGCCCUUUGGCUCCUCAGUGGUAUAGGCUUGAGAAUCUCAGAGGGGAAGCAAGGAGUAGAGGAGAGAUCAUGCUUGCAGUUUGGAUGGGGACACAAGCUGAUGAAGCAUUCCCUGAGGCUUGGCAUUCAGAUUCUGCUUCAGUUAAAGGAGAAGGGGUUUAUAAUAUCAGGUCAAAGGUUUAUGUUAACCCAAAACUAUGGUAUCUAAGGGUUAAUGUGAUUGAAGCUCAAGAUGUGGAGCCACAAGACAAAAGCCAGCCACCCCAAGUUUUUGUGAAGGGUCAAGUUGGACAACAAGUGCUCAAGACCAAGUUGUGUCCAGCAAAAACACCAAACCCCAUGUGGAAUGAGGAUUUGGUGUUUGUGGCAGCCGAGCCAUUUGAGGAAAAGCUUGUGCUAACGGUUGAGAACAAGGCUUCCCCUGGGAAGGAUGAGGUUGUGGCAAAAAUAGCCUUGCCUCUUAACAAGUUUGAGAUUCGUUUGGAUCACAGAGCAGUGCACUCACACUGGUACAACCUUGAGAGGUUUGGCUUUGGUGUGUUGGAGGGUGACAAGAGGAACGAGACCAAGUUCUCAAGUAGGAUUCACCUGAGGGUGUGUCUUGAGGGUGCUUAUCAUGUGCUAGAUGAAUUCACAAUGUAUAUCAGUGACACAAGGCCAACUGCCAGACAACUUUGGAAGCAGCCAAUUGGGAUUCUUGAAGUGGGGAUACUCAGUGCUCAAGGGCUCCAAUCUAUGAAGACAAACAAUGGUAAAGGGUCAACAGAUGCUUAUUGUGUGGCCAAGUAUGGUCAGAAAUGGGUGAGAACCAGAACAAUCACUGAGAACUUUAAUCCCAAAUGGAAUGAACAAUACACAUGGGAAGUGUAUGAUCCUUGCACUGUCAUAACUUUUGGGGUGUUUGACAACUGCCAUUUGGGUGGUGGAGGCCAAACUCAAGGAAGUGGAGCCAAAAUUGACUCAAGAAUUGGCAAGGUCAGGAUUCGUCUAUCAACCUUGGAAAUGGAUAGGAUUUACACAAACUCAUACCCUCUGCUUGUUCUGAAACCCUCUGGGUUAAAGAAGAUGGGCGAGCUUCAAUUGGCCAUUCGUUUCACCUGUCUCUCCAUAGCUCACAUAAUUUACCUUUAUGGACACCCUUUUUUGCCAAAAAUGCAUUACCUACAUCCAUUCACUGUGAACCAGUUGGAAAGUUUGAGGUAUCAGGCUAUGAACAUUGUGGCAGUGAGGCUUGGGAGAGCAGAACCACCACUGAGGAAAGAGGUUGUGGAGUACAUGCUGGACGUGGACUCUCACAUAUGGAGCAUGAGAAGAAGCAAAGCCAAUUUCUUUAGAAUUGUGUCACUCUUUUCAGGUGCAAUAUCAAUGAGCAGGUGGCUUGGUGAGGUGCAACAGUGGAAGAAUCCAGUGACCACAAUUCUAGUGCAUGUCCUCUUUUUCAUCUUGAUAUGUUACCCUGAACUGAUCCUCCCCACCAUGUUCCUCUACAUGUUUCUCAUUGGAAUAUGGAACUUCAGGUUCAGGCCAAGGCACCCUCCAGAAAUGGACACCAAACUUUCUUGGGCAGAAGCAGCACGCCCAGAUGAACUUGAUGAAGAGUUUGACACUUUUCCCACUUCAAAGGCUCAGGAUGUGAUAAGAAUGAGGUAUGACAGGCUAAGGAGUGUGGCUGGGAGAAUACAAACUGUUGUUGGAGACAUUGCAACUCAGGGUGAGAGAUUUCACAUCCUGCUCAGUUGGAGAGACCCUAGAGCAACAAGCCUCUUUCUCAUUUUCUGCCUCGUUGCUGCUGUAGCAUUGUAUGUCACACCCUUCAAGGUUGUGGCUUCAGUUGCUGGCAUUUUCUGGCUAAGACACCCCAAGUUCAGAAGCAAGCUACCCUCACUGCCUAGUAAUUUCUUCAAGAGGUUGCCAUCUCGUGCAGAUAACAUGAUUUGAGGUUGCACGUUAAUCAUAGCUUCUUUUCUGUAUUGCAUCAUUCAUUUUUAUACUUUCUCGUCAGUACACAGUUACAAUUGCUUUUCAUCAUCUUAUCAAAUUUUUCAUUCUUUAGUUACAUGGGAUUAGUAAAUCAAUCUCCUAUAUUUUCCCCUAAUAUUCAUUUUGUGUUCGUU